CUUGAACAGUUUCGUUCGUGUGUUCAGCGUUGUCGGACGUUCGUCGUCGUUGUCCGUUUAGUUUCGUUUCUCGUUUAUUCGCGUUAGCCGUCGUAGUUCUUUUGACCGUCUCGCAAACGAUUUUAAUUUUUCGAUCGAACGGCGAUUGUGUUUUUUGUGUAUUCCGUUAUAAAUAAAAAUUAAAUGCCGAUAUAAGUGCAGGAAAUAUAAUUUUGACAUUCAAUAAUAUUGUGUUCGUCUUCGUACUCGUCACUUUUGGAUUAUAUCCAUCUCGCUAACGGACAGAUCACCGGAACGUGGAAUAUUCACUAAAAAAGAUCCAAGUGAGCACUGCUAGCGCGUUUUACUCAUGCGUGUGACCUAGUAGUGGAAGGGACUCCUCUUGCGUAUAAUGUAAAAAACCAAGUGGACCGGACACGAAGAAUAUAUACACCCGUUCGGGAGAACCAUGUGUGGUCAGGGUAGAAACCGGCCUGGACCUGUGGCCAUGUUUACGUUACUGCUUGUACUCGUCAACGUCCAAGCAGGUUUCGGGUCUUCAUCGGAAACAGGCGGCGGCGGUGGUGAAGUCGACGAGGGGUCGUACUUACCGGGUGGCGACACUCUCAUGCACCCGGUGACGGCGUCCAGUCUGGACGCACCCGUCCAACUCCCUAUAUUCCUCGAAGAGCCGAUGGACGCAUACGUGAUUAAAGGUAAACCAGCCUCACUCACUUGCAGGGCGGCUCACGCGCUGACCGUACAUUUCCGGUGCAAUGGCGACCAGAUUGAAGAUACUAUGGGUCCUGCAGUAACCGACUUCGUGGAUCCGCAGACAGGCGUCCGGAACGUGGAGGCUAUUGUAAACAUCACCAGGAACCACGUGGAAGAAUAUUUCGGAAAGCACAAUUACCAGUGUCAGUGCGUAGCUUGGACUUCACGUGGGGAGAUCAUUAGCAGACCGGCCAACGUGGUCGUGGCUUACCUGAAGAAAACGUUCACGUCAGUGCCGUAUUCCGUGAGUGUGGAAACGGACCGAAACGUUGAGCUUCGGUGCCUGCCGCCGGAGGGCGUUCCACCACCCCGGGUGUAUUGGCUGCGGAAUAACGUACCGAUCGAGCCGGACAAUAACAUGAUCGUGUCCAGCGAGGGAAACCUGUUGAUCGGCCAGGCUCGACUGCAGGACACGGCAAACUACACGUGCGUAGCCGAGAACGUGGCAGCCAAGAGGCUCAGUGACCCGGCGUUGCUCACAGUUUACGUGAACGGAGGCUGGUCACCGUGGUCGCAAUGGUCCGAAUGCAGUUCCCGGUGCGGCAAAGGGCAGCAGAAAAGGACCAGAGUGUGCAACAACCCUGUACCGCUCAACGGGGGCAAACCCUGCCCAGGGCCGGCGGUGAAUAAGGCAGAGUGCACUUCGAUAUGUCCGGACGGCGAAUACAGCGACACCGUAGCCGAAGAAGCCAUCGACGGUCAUUGGUCGGCGUGGUCGCCGUGGUCGCCAUGCGGUCCGGAUUGUCGUCAUCAUCGGACCAGAACUUGCACGUCCCCGAGCCCCUCGAAUGGCGGACGAUACUGUGUUGGUCGAGACUCGUCAACCGGAAACUGUUCAGGAGGAUCUUGUAUCGGUGGCAGAGAUGACCCUGUGAAUUAUGAUGAUGAACAAUUCACCGAGGAAGCUACCAAAUCAGUAGUGGAGACCGAUGUGGCGCUGUAUGUGGCACUCAUAGCUGCCUCCGUCCUGCUUGCUGGCAUGGUCUUGUUGUUCCGACUGUAUAAGAACAAAGGACGAGAUCACAGCAUGUACAACAUGGCCAACUCGGAUUUCCAACCGGAAUUCUUUCCGGACCAAGAGAAAAAGACUUACUCUCUGGAGUGCCAUUCACGGAACGGUGGCUGCAACCAUUUCCAUCAAACGCAACCAGACUUAACCAGAACCGUAGUAGUGGUGCCAUCAUGCUACGAGUACCCGUUUACCAAUGAUCAAAACGCGUACAGUUUGACUAGGUCUUGCUCGGAACACCAUUAUGAUGUACCUCAUCACAAUGGUGGUGGCGGUGGUAAUUCGACAGUUACUACUGCCAUCAUGGCGGCGCCGCCGGUCCCGUCUGUGGCCCCAGAUAGUCCGAACGCGCUUUCGUCUAGCCCCGAAUCCAGCCAUAGCUUGACUAGCUAUACUUGUUCGAGUAAGUCCCAGUCAGACUCAAGUGGCGUGGCGUGCCAUUGUAAGGACUACUUGUGGAUGAAAGAGACUGCUGUGACGUCAACAGGUUGUCGUUUGGAGUGCAAAGAGUACGGGAUGUCGCUAACCAUUCCUGAAGGAGCCGUCGCUAAGUCUCAAAAGGAACCCGUAUUGUUUGCCUUAUUACAGGACGAGUACAAGCCGAUACUCUCCGACGGGCAAACGCAGUUAAGUCCAGCGAUAAUGUGUGGUCCUAAUGGAAAGAGCUUCAAGAAACCAGUAAUCGUUGGAAUGCGACAUUGCGCUAGUCUAAUGCAAGGGCCCUGGGUGAUUUCGGUGCUGAGUUGUGACAUGCCCCUGGGCACGAAACCUAAAUGGAAGAAAAUUCUGACGUUAGGAGAGGAAACGAUCAAUACAUCAGUGUUUGUGCAAAUGGAUGCAGAACACGUGUAUUUGAUGAGUGAAACGCUGUCAAAGUUUGUGUUGAUCGGCGAACCGGACACGACGGUGGUUAGCAGUCCACCCGCAAAGACGCUUAAAGUGGCCCUGUUUGGAUCGCUGAACCGAAAGUUUAAGUACGACAUCCGAGUUCAUGUAGUUGACGACAACGGCGUGGCUUUAGAGCGGCUGAAACACCAUGAACGUAGCGUCAGUGGAGGCGUGAUGUUGGACAAACCCAAGUCAAUAUGCUUUCAAGAGGGCGGUGGCAACCUAGUGGUUACCGUAGACGACAUUGGUGCCAAUUGGAGGAGUAAACCCCAAGACAAUUAUAAGGAAAUUCCGUUCCAAACCCUAUGGAACUCGGGCGGUCUGGCGGUGUUCUCACUAGAGCCGUACGAGCAACAGUACCCGGACUCAUGGGUAAACGUUUCAUGUCGUGUGUGCGUAUCACAGACUGCAGCCAGUGGGUCGUUACGCAACGUCAAGCACACAUUCAAAGUUAACCAGGACCCAAAUAGCCUGUCAUCCGUCGGCCAUCAACCCAGACAGCCGAGGACAGUGACCAGCACCACUGGCAGUGGGUCCAGUGUCACGUCGUGCGAUCCAACGCCAUUUCGAUUCAGUAAAGUCUUACGUAAGCAACUCUGUCAAUGUUUAGAUCCACCAAAUUCUAGGAGCAACGACUGGAGGAUGUUGGCCCAACGGCUCGCCAUGGACAGGUACAUUAACUAUUUUGCGGUCAAACCCAGUCCCACCGACCAGAUAUUGGACUUGUGGGAGGCCAGACACAGGGAGCCCACGUCCGUCACGGACCUGUUGAACGUGCUGAGGCUGAUGGGACGCACGGACGCCGCCUCGCUGCUGGAACGCGAACUAGGUCCGUGGCUGUGAGCAGCACCGGGAGCGGCAGCGGGCUACGCUCGUCCCCGGCCGCCGACGCCGACACCACCGCCACCGCCACCAUUAGCAGUUCCUACGACGCAUAUUUUUUUAUAAAUCUCCAUGCCAUGCGAUUUAGUUUCUUUAUAUUUUACGUUACUAUGAAAGUUUUUUCCUUCAAAAUUUUACGUGUACAUUUUCGUGUUUUUGUUUGUUCAUUAUAUUUUUCAGAUAAAAAAAAAAAAAAAAAAAAAAUGAAAAAAAAAAUACUAAAAUUUAUUGAUGAAUAACAUUAUAUCACCGACAAUCAAAAGGUUAUUAAUAAAUAUAUGUAUAUAUUAUAUUUAUGUACAAUAUGUGUGUGUGUAUGUAUGUAUAUUAUUAUGUUAUUCGAAGCGCACGUUUCAUCGUUGUAUAUUAUAUUAUUUUCUUCUCCAUCGGUUCGUCUAUAGGUAUAUAUGAAUUUAGAUAUCGUACCAAUAUAAUAUAUAAUAUACGUAGAAAACAAAAAAAUGUUAUUGACUUCAUAGGUAUAUAAUAUAUUGUCAAGACACGCGUUAGGUUUUAACUUUAAUAAUAUAUAUAUAUACAAUAUACACAUAUUAUAUAUGUAUUUUUUUUUUAUAAUUUCCAUACUAGGUAUACCUAUAUAAUAUUAUUUUGAAAAACGUUUUGAGUCCCGGAUAAAAGACUAUAUUUUAGUGAUAGAUUAUCUGUGAUAAAAUAUUAAUUGACGAAUGAACGGAAAAAAAAUUACGUGGAACUCCACAAUUAUGACGAAAUUAUAUUUCUAGCAAAUACAAUAAAUCCUCAUAUUAUCCGUUUAUAUGAUAAAAAAAAUAUACUAUUUUAUUAUAUAAUUUUAAUAAUUAUUAUCUCCGUUAAAAAAAUAACAUAACCUCUCCAUCGAUUUCUUUUCUUUCCUAUCGCUAUACAUCGAAUACGCGUUUUCGCAGCGCACUAGUAUCAUAAUAAUACACUUAAAACUAAAUAUAUAUUAUAUACAUAUAUACAAUAUUGUGUACAUUAACUGAUUUGAUAUUAUAUAAAUAUAUAAAAUAAAAAAUGUGUAUAUGACUAAAUCUAAUACGUAUAAUACUUAUACGUUAUAUUAUAUGUAUAUUAUAUACGUAUGCACUUAUGUUUAGGUACGUGUACACAGAAUAUAUAUAUUAUAUAUUGUAAUAUUACACAUUCGAAACAAAGACUAUUAUAUUAUAUAUAUAUAUUUACAUACAUUUUAUGAAUGUGUAUUUAUUAAAAAAAAAAUAAUAUUAUCGCGUAUUCGCGUUGUAUUUUUGUGUUUAUUAUUUAAUUUGUAAAUAAUUGUACCGAUUAUGUAUAUUUAAUAAGCUAUAUUAUAUAUUAUUAUUAUUAUUAUAUUAUUAUUAUUACUAUUAUUACUGUAUAUUGUUGACGACUCACUAGUUUUCAUUUUAUUACUGCCUAUUAUUAUUAUUAUUAUUAUUAUUUAUUUAUUCUAUUAUUAUUAUUAUUAUUAUUAUUAUCAUCAUCAUUAUUAAUAUGAUUUAUGAUUAUUAUAAUAUGAUUAUGCAACGUCGUGACCAACGGCGGUCGUCAAACGAUAAAUCAAGUACCAUCUAUUAUAUACCUAUACCUAUAUAUAUUAUAUGUAAUUAUAUAUUAUAUAUAUAUGCGUGUGUGUGUAGGCGGUAUACCUACGAAAAUAAUAUUAUAUUUUAAUGAAAACGUGUAAAAAAGAAAAACCGUAGUGUUAACGUGCUGAGCCAAUGAUUUAGUUGAUUUUUUUAUAUAUAUAUAUAUAUGUGUAUAUAAGGUCCAUUGGACUUUUAACGAGACAUAAAUAAACUGAAUAUAAAUAAAAUGUUUGUUAUAGUGGACAAUAAUA